CUAAGAGAAUGGGCACGCUUCAUGCAUGUUCCGUUCUUUCUUGGCUGCAAACUCCGCGAGGCAAGGGCCUGUGUCGCUACAGGAUUGGGUCCUUGUAGUCCCAGAGAAUGGGCACACUUCAUGCAUUGUCCUGCCUUGGAGUCAAGUGGGCCAACAUAACCCUACACGUGAGAUGCACUUGGUCCACAAAGCAAGAAGCAGCCUUCAAGGUGAGUACCCAAUGCUCUGUUCUUUCUUGACUGCAAACUCUGCGAGGCAAAGUGCUAUGUCGCUACAGACUUGGCCCCUGUACUCCCCGAGGACGCUGUGAAAUUCGGGGCUGUAUAACUCCAGGCUACAAGCUUGGGUCCCUUCAGUCCUAGAGAACUGACAAGCUGGUCUGUGAAUAGGUGCUUCGUGGGUCUUUAUUCUCUUGGCAGCAGAACCCCUAAGAGAAUGGGCAUGCUUCAUGCAUGUUCCGUUCUUUCUUCCCUGCAAAUUCCGCAAGGCAAUUUGCUGUGUAACUCCAGGCUACAAGCUUGGGUCCCUUCAGUCUUAGAAAACUGGCAAACAGGUCUGUGAAUAGCUGCUUCGUGGCUCUUUAUUCUCCUGGCAGCAGAACCCCUAAGAGAAUGGGCACGCUUCAUGCAUGUUCCGUUCUUUCUUCCCUGCAAACUCCCCAAAGCAAUGUGCUGUGUAACUCCAGGCUACAAGCUUGGGUCCCUUCAGUCCUAGAGAACUUGCAAACAGGUCUGUGAAUAGGUGCUUCGUGGCUCUUUAUUCUCCUGGCAGCAGAACCCCUAAGAGAAUGGGAACGCUUCAUGCAUGUUCCGUUCUUUCUUGCCUGCAAACUCUGUGAGGCAAUAUGCUGUGUAACUCCAGGCUACAAGCUUGGGUCCCUUCAGUCCUAGAGAAUUGGCAAGCAGGGCUAUGAAUAGGUGCUUCGUGGGUCUUUAUUCUCCUGGCAGCAGAACCCCUAAGAGAAUGGGCACGCUUCAUGUAUGUUCCGUUCUUUCUUCCCUGCAAACUCCGCGAGGCAAGGGCCUGUGUCGCUGCAGGAUUGGGUCCUUGUUGUCCCAGAGAAUGGGCACACUUCAUGCAUAGUCCUGCCUUGGAGUCAAGUGGGCCAUGAUAACCCUACACGUGAGAUGCACUUGGUCCACACAGCAAGAAGCAGCCUUCAAGACUCCGCGAGGCAAGGGCCUGUGUCGCUACAGGAUUGGGUCCUUGUUGUCCCAGAGAAUGGGCACACUUCAUGCAUUGUCCUGCCUUGGAGUCAAGUGGGCCAAGAUAACCCUACACGUGAGAUGCACUUGGUCCACACAGCAAGAAGCAGCCUUCAAGGUUGUGUCAUAUGUCUGGCCACAGGGACUGUGGAUGAAUCCCUCCCCAGGGGCAUAUUCCAAGGAUGAGAAACAAAUCAAAAUGGAGAAUGUUAAAGAGGUCCAGGGGGCAGCCGAGUGCCUGCUCUGCAUGCAGAAGUUCCCAGAGGGCAGCCGACGAUGGGACAGACUGGGAAUCUCAAAGUGUGGCUGGUCAACCAGUCCCUUCAGCAUUCUCCAGAACAGGGCCCGGGCAGCUGACUGGGCGUUCCGGCUUCCGGGAGAGCCCGACGCAACCGCCUCCUUUCCAGGGCUCCGGCUGUGCAGUGCUGGGGCCGGGGCCUCCGCCCCAGGGCCCCCAUCCGCUGACGCUGUGGCUGGCGGGAGAUUCCGGAGGGACAGAAGAGCAGCCCUGCUGCUGGAUCAGGCCCCAGGAAGCCCAGCUGGCCCAGCAUCCUGCUUCCGCCCCACAGUGGCCCACCACCAGAGGCCUCUGGGGAGCCCACACAGGCAAGAGAUGGCGAGCCCUCUGAGGCCGGGGAGCUGCUUCGUGGAGCCUUUUUCCCGCGGGUGGAAAUGGAGUCCGAACCAGGCCUCUCGGGGUUGCCCGGAACCGAACCCCCCGGAGUGGAGACCUGUUCCAGCAGAAGAAAAGAGAGGAUUGGUGGCGUAACCGAAGAACCGAAAAAGAGCCCUUCUGGAUGAGAGCAAAGGCCCAUCAGCUUCACCACCCACUUUCUACAAAGCCUGCAGCAGGGGCGUAACGAGGCUGGAGUGGGCCCAGAGACAAAAUUUUGAAAUGGGCCCCUCGCUGAUCUACACACACUCACUUCACAUGUGACUUGCCUCUGGGGAGCCCCUCGAGGCGUGGGGGCCCCCAAGCAGCCUCCUCCCCUUGCCUAAUGGCAGUUACGCCCCUGGCCUGCAGGCUGGGCAUCGAAGGAAUAGCGCGGAAAGCUCCACUUCCGCUGUGGGCCGGUUACAAUCUCGGAGAAAGGACGGAGCAACUACUUCGGAGCUCCCCAUUGAAUGUGGGGGGCGGGCGGAGCCGGAAGUGAUGGGUAGAAGCCAGGCGACCGUCACCUCUAUGGCACAAAAGCAAAUGGUGUCUCGCGAAUCACGGGUUGGAGGAGGGGCGUGGCUUUGACCUGCUUCCGGCGGAACCAUUGAGCUGGUGAAAGAAGUCUCCGGCGGAAGAAGGGGGAACUUUCGUUUCGGGAAGUAGCUGGG